AUGUCCCCAUUACGCCUCAGAUCUCCAACCAGCGUGUACAGUGCAGCAGACGCUCUCUGCUCAACUCUUCCUCUCGGAGCUCUGGUUGGUCCCACGGUCAGGCUGGAGAAGGGCCUCGGGUCCAAUCUGCUGAGGAGGAUUUCUUCCAGAAAGUCUCGCCAGCGGAACGACAGUCCUCAGGAGCCCAAUGAGAUGGGGGGAAGUGGAGACGAAAGCGGGACUGGGAGGCUGAGCCGCAGACGGUCUCUUUUUGGCAGCAGGCAUCAGUCCAGGGAUCCACCGAGACCUCCAGCUCAGCCGGAAAGACCCCCGGCUGCAGCUGAGAGACCUGUGCACCAAGAUGACAGGCCUCCUCCACAAGCUGCUGCUCCAGCUCCGGCUCCAGCUCCGGCUCCUGCUCUUCCCUCGCCGCCUGUGAAGAUGCCGCCGAAACGCCCGGACAAAGCAACCAAGCCCAAGCUUCCUCCUCGACCGCUGUCCAAGGUGUUCAGCAGCACUGACCAUGGAGCAGCUGUGUUGCAGGGCUUUGAUCAUUUUCGGGCAGAUACGACUCUCUGCGAUGUCAUACUGGUUCCAGGGGAUAGCAACGAAACCUUCCCAGUCCACAGAGUCAUCAUGGCUUCAUCCAGUGACUAUUUCAAGGCCAUGUUCACUGGAGGCAUGAGGGAGCAGGAUAUGAAAGAGAUCAAACUGCAUGGGGUGACUCAGUUGGGUUUAAAAAACAUUAUAGACUUCAUUUACACAUCCAAAGUCAGCCUGGACAUGAGUAAUCUCCAGGACACCCUGGAGGCUGCAAACUUCUUGCAGGUCAUGCCCGUGCUGAGCUUCUGUAAUCAGCUUCUGAGCAGUGAGAUCACGAUUGAUAACUGUGUGGAAAUCGAACGCAUCGCCACUGACUUGCUUCUGGAGGACGUUAAGUUAAAUAUAGGUCAGUUUGUGAGUUAUAACCUCUCUGCCAUGGUGCAGAGUGACCGUUACCUCCAGCUCUCAGAGACCAGCAUGGCCAACGCUCUGGCCAGCAACUCGCUGGAAGGUUUCUCUGAGCUGGAGCUCUACAACAUCGCCAGAGGAUGGCUGGCCCACGACCACCCCAAACGUCGCUCGUCCAUCUAUUCUUUAAUGCGUCAUAUUCGCUUCCCACUGAUGAGCCCCAAUGAGCUGAUCCAGAUCUCACAGGAUGAUGAGGAAGGAGGCGACUCCAUGAUGCGCUCUGAAACGGCCUGUGUGAACCUCCUGCUUGAGGCCAGCAACUACCAGAUGAUGCCGUUCAUGCAGCCGGCCCUGCAAACUGAGCGGACCCAAAUACGCUCGAACUCCACGCAUAUUCUGGCGCUGGGCGGCGUGAUGAGGCAGCAGCUGGUAGUGAGCCGCGAGCUGAGGCUGUAUGAUGAACACACUGACCACUGGAGGGCCCUUAAACCCAUGGAGGCUCCACGCUACCAACAUGGUGUCGCUCUUCUGGGCGACUUCCUGUUUAUUGUUGGAGGCCAGAGCACAUACGACACCAAGGGUAAGACGGCAAUCGACAGCGCGUACCGCUACGACCCGCGCUUCGACAGGUGGCUUCAGAUUGCUUCACUCAACGAGAAGAGGACGUUCUUCCACCUCAGUGCUUUGAAGGGGAGACUGUUAGCAGUUGGAGGAAGGAACGAGUCCGGAGAGAUCGACACGGUGGAGUGCUACAACCUGAAGAAGAACGAGUGGACGUUUGUGAGCAACAUGAAUGAGCCUCACUACGGUCAUGCCGGAACGGUUCACGGUAACCUCAUGUACAUCUCAGGUGGAAUCACCCGGGACGCCUUCCAGAAGGAGCUUUGGUGCUAUGACGCUGUGGCCGACACCUGGAGCCGACGGGCCGACAUGAGGGAGCUCCGCGGACUGCACUGCAUGUGCACCGUGGGAGACAGACUCUACGUCAUGGGCGGGAAUCACUUCCGAGGCAGCAGUGACUACGACGACGUCCUGGGCUGCGAGUACUACAGCCCAGACACGGACCAGUGGACGGUGGUGGCGCCCAUGUCCCGGGGCCAGAGUGACGUCGGAGUGACUGUGUUUAACGGGCAGAUCUAUGUAGUGGGAGGGUAUUCGUGGAACAGCAGGUGCAUGGUGGACAUCGUGCAGCGGUACGAUCCAGAGCAGGAUGCGUGGGACCGAGUGUUCAACGUGCUGGAGCCUCUGGGGGGGAUUCGGGCCUGUACGAUGACGGUUCAUCUGCCGGAGGGGUCAGUGGACGAGGCUCAGAUACAGGAGUGUCCGCUGCUGCCUACAGCGAAGAGCUGAGCGCACGCCACAGAGCCGAGCCUCUCCUACUCUGACCACCAAAGCAGAAAAGUGAGAUUUGUUUUUGGUGGUUUUGCAAAGUCAAGCUGCCGCUACUAGCAUGGCUAUACAGCAGUACAGUACAAAAACUCAUCUUUGCAUCUUUCUUCAAGCACCAUCUUUAGUAUCAUUUCCUUUCCUUGCACUCACUGUCAGCCAUGCAGCGUCUCUCCGACUCAGCUCCUUGUGGUUCUUUCUCUCUGCAGUUAUGGUAAAUGACAGGAAACGGUCAAUGCAUCCUGACAGAGAGGUCAAACCCACGGAGUAGCUUUGUUUUAUACUGUAGGUCAAAGUCAGGGGCAUUAUAAGAGAUGAGACAAACCAUGUAGAUAAUCUUGAAUAAACUGCAGCAGGAAUGAGUCCUGAUAUACAGGAAUGAGUUUGCAUCUUUGCACUUCUCAGUUUCCCAAUCCCCAGUUGAAGUGUUUUCAAAUGGGAUUUAGAAACGUCUAAUAUAUAAACUCUGUGGGAAUCACAAGCUCAAGACAUUUUCCUUUUUUAUUCCACAAAAUAAACAUCAGUAAAUACAGACGAUACAAAGGUUGUCUGGAAAUGAAACAUCAUCCCACAGAACAUGAAUUUAAAUCUACUCUGAUGUUUUAAUGUUGGCUUUUUACUUCUAGUGAUUAUUAUUUUUCAAAAGUCACAAAAGUGGUUUUCAUUUGUGAAGAUUAUCUUGCUGAACAUGCUAUGUGAAUGUCAUAAAUUCAGUUUUUCUCUGAGCUUAUAUUCUGCAACGGGCUAAAAGUCGAUGGAGUUGGGUUCCCUAAACUCUCAUCAGGCUCCUCCCCUGCUCCUCCAAAUAUGGGUACCUCUGGUAUCAAAAAACCAAGAUGGCGCUGGCCCCAAGAUCAACACAAGGUCUGAGCUCACAGACCAGGAGGUGACGUCAACCGUGUUCUUACUGUGGAAUCAAAGAUAUUAUUUUGCAGCCCACACAGCUUAUCAUGCAGUGUGUGGGAGAAAAUACAAAAUAAAAGCUGAGCUCAUUUCCUCUUGAUUACA